GAAAACAACAAUCUAGAUUUCACAAAAUCAGCUCAUAAUCAAUCUGUAGCAGAGCUAGAGAGAGAUCGGUGGAUGGUGUUGCACUCACAAUGGGUGUGGCGGGCUCCAAGUUAGAGAAGGCUUUGGGCGACCAUUUUCCCGAAGGGGAAAGGUAUUUCGGUUUGGAGAAUUUCGGCAACACUUGCUAUUGUAACAGCGUUUUGCAGGCUCUCUACUUUUGUGUACCAUUUCGUGAACAAUUAUUGGAGUAUUAUUCUAACAACAAAAGCCAAGGCGAAGCAGAGGAAAACCUUUUAACUUGUCUCGCGGAACUUUUUUCACAGAUAAACUCUCAGAAGAAGAAAACAGGUGUGAUAGCUCCAAAACGCUUUGUGCAGAGGCUUAGAAAAGAAAAUGAUGUUUUCCGAGGAUACAUGCACCAGGAUGCUCAUGAAUUUCUGAACUUCUUGCUAAACCAACUUGUUGACAUACUGGAGAAAGAGAGUCCCAAACCUACAAUUGAGAAUGUUUCAAAUGGGCCAAGUAACGGUCAUGUUAAUGGUGUUAAGCAGGAACCUCCAGCUACAUGGGUCCACAAAAAUUUCCAGGGCAUUCUCACGAAUGAGACAAGGUGUUUAAGAUGUGAGACAGUUACUGCUAGGGACGAGACAUUCUUAGAUUUAAGCCUUGAUAUUGAACAGAACAGUUCGAUUACAAGCUGCCUCAAGAACUUCAGUUCUACAGAGACCCUCAAUGCCGAAGAUAAAUUCUUCUGUGACAAAUGCUGCAGUUUGCAAGAAGCCCAGAAAAGGAUGAAGAUAAAGAAAUCACCCCGUAUCCUAGUGAUUCAUCUCAAACGAUUCAAGUACAUGGAGCAGCUAAACAGACACAAGAAGCUAUCCUAUCGGGUCGUGUUUCCCCUGGAGCUGAAACUCAGCACCACGUUAGAUGCUGGCGACUCCGUGUACUCGCUGUUUGCUGUGGUAGUUCACGUAGGAACAGGGCCGAACCACGGGCAUUAUGUGAGUCUUGUAAAAAGCCAUAAUCACUGGCUGUUCUUUGAUGAUGAGAAUGUGGAGAUGAUUGAUGAGUCGGCCAUCCAGACGUUUUUCGGGUCCGCCCAAGAAUACUCGAGCAACACGGACCAUGGGUACAUUCUGUUCUAUGAAAGCCUCAGUGGUGAUAACAAGUCACUCUGACCUUACUCUGUGUGGCUACCUCUGUUUUGCCAUAGCAUGAUGUCGGCACCUACCUGCAAGGCUUGGUCUUUGUACAGGAAAACUCAGCCUCACAAGUCUAGAAUAGUGAUAUGAAGUGUACUUUGUAACUUCGACCUCAAUAUUUUGCUACCAACUUGAUGUUUUUGGGCAAUCCUCUCUCUAUUUUCAUUUUUCCUUUCUAUGUUGUACAAUAUUCUUGAGGUUAUAAUGGCUCAUUUUUCUGGAGUUUUAACA